UUACUAUUUGAGCUUCAUAAUGCUCUCCUAUUUAGAUGGUAGUAAUAAUUCUCCAAUUCAAUUGGAAGAUACUGUUCAAAGCAGAUCUGAAAGUCGGAACAUCAGACGCCACCUCAUCAACCCUCGACCAAGAACGACCAAUCGAAAUUCACCAAACUGUUGCCAAUCCAAAAUGGCCUCCACUUGGCAGAUGCUGCCAUCCGGCAGGGAGGAAAAUCCAAUAAGCAAAAAUCAGAACAGGACCGAGCUGACUUCGCAGCCCGUGAGGACAAUAAGAAUUUAUUGCAACACAGUCUUCCAAGCAGAACAGACCAAAGGUCUUCCAAUUGUAGUACCUUUCCAAUUCGACAGUCAGACAUGCAACAUCCACAUCCCAGUGACCAGCCCACCUAUAUGCCGGAGGUUCCAUUUCAGCCACUUUGGGGUCAGGAAGCUCCUCCGCCGCCCAUAGUGCCUUAUCAGGAGCUCAUAGCAGGCUUUCCCUGCACUGAUUUGUCUUUGUGGCAGCGCUCGCAGGUUACUCCCUUGGUUCCCCAGCGAUCGUCGACAAAUGGAAGGGCUAACGGAUCCUCGAGCUCGUCAAAGAAGACCCGACGCCGAGUGGCUUCAAUUGCCCAAAGGAGAGCUGCAAAUAUCCGUGAACGCCGUCGGAUGUUCAACCUGAACGAAGCCUUUGACAAGUUGAGGCGUAAGGUGCCUACUUUCGCCUAUGAGAAAAGGCUCUCCCGCAUUGAAACCCUGCGUCUGGCAAUCACCUACAUUGGAUUCAUGGCCGAGUUGCUCAGUGGGACACCAUCGAAUUCUCACAAGUCUCGCUCCGAAGUUUAUGGCGGCAUGAAUGGACACCAUCAGUCUGCACCACCGGCUAUCCAUCCACAUCAUUUGCAUCCAGCGGCUGCCUAUCAACGCGACUUUGGCUCACCCUACAACCACAGUUAAACAUGUAAAAGUUCUUUGAAGUUCUUUAA